CAAUGAACCAUCAACGCACCAGCUCAGAGUCUAUCCAUAUUAUUAUGCAGUAUAUAAACAUGGCGGUUUAUCUACAAGCAUCAGCUCGAAAAGACCUAUAUUUAGAUGAGAUGUAGAGCAUCUCUUCGAAAGGUAAAAAGGAAAAGGUCUUGUCGUGAUUUAGGUUAUUAUACUAAGGGAUUAUACAAUAUAGGUUUCCUCUAAGCAUAAUCUGUAUCCAUAAAAAAAAAAUCAACCAAAAUGCAAAGACCAGGACCUGGCGAAAACGGAUCGAACUAACCAAAAAUAACAGCAUCGGAAAAAAUAUGGGAUACAAGGAACACCAACCUGGAGGGCAAAACAAGGCUUACCACCAUCGCUCGCCAGUUAUUUUUUACCAGAUCCCAGGGGCUGCCAUGGAUCGUGUUAGCCUACUCUGGAGGUUGAGACGUCGGGCCCGUCGAGGAGCCCUGUGCAUGGCUCUGUUCUGUAUGACUAUGGCUCUCCUGUACACCUUUUGCGCUGAAAACAGCAUACCCGUCACAGAUGCCAUUUUUGGCGUGAAGGCAAGAACUCGAGCUCAACCAAGAGCCCACACAAUUCUUAAGGUAUUGCGGGGAACAGGAGGGUCAAAACCCAUGUAUACUGACCCUCAAAAGCUCCCAGGUGUCAUUCCUGGAGAUCCUCAGAAGCCUAUUCCCAUCCUGUCAUCUUCGAACUACUCAAUGGACAGCAGUUCCAAGGACCGCAGCCUCAGGGGAAAAAGAAGAGAGCAUGGGUUAUUUUACUGGCUUUUGGCGCAACCGCUGAGACGUGCUUUAGAGACUAUUUUUGGAGGCCAACGGAGAGGAGAUGGUGCCUCAAGUGGGGAUGCUGUUGUUUUUGGGCCUAAUGGAGCACUCGGAGAAGUCUGGAAUGAGGAGAUGUCAAGCACCAUGCUGGGAAAAAGGCUGAGGAAGGUGGUGCAGAACUACCAGGCAAUGAAUAAAUAUGGAGUUAAGCACCCUGGACCUGCAGCACAUCGUCCCAAACUCAGUGGCCCUGAACUUCUUUGUCAAAUCAAGGAGAUGGUUCAGAUUACAACUUUAACACCAGAUAUGGAGCCCUUUUCUGGUUUGCCCUGGGCCUCUCAGUUACCACUGCAUCAAAUAACCACCGAUAUUGGCCCGUUUAAGACCUGUGCAGUGGUGUCAUCUGCAGGUUCUCUCAAAAACUCUGGAUUAGGAAAGGAAAUAGAUACUCAUGAUGCGGUGAUACGGUUCAAUGCCGCACCGACAGCAGGCUUUGAGAAAGAUGUGGGCUCUAAAACAACAGUGCGACUAAUCAAUUCCCAGGUAAUGGCAUCUGAAGACCACCAUUUCCUCUCCAGUUCUUUGUACAGUGCAGGGAUUUUAGUGAGCUGGGAUCCUGGCCCUUAUUCGUCCGAUCUACGGGAGUGGUUCAACAAGACAGAUUACCCAAUAUUUAAACAGUAUCAGCGAUAUCGACGCUUACACCCUCAACAGCCAUUUUAUAUUAUACACCCACGGAUGGAAUGGCAGCUGUGGCAGCGAAUACAGGACAAUAUGGACGAGACUAUACAAAAAAACCCACCCUCAUCGGGCCUGCUGGGCACAGUUUUAAUGAUGUCCCUCUGUGAAGUUGUACAUGUGUAUGAGUUCCUGCCUUCGCGACGAAAAACUGAGCUGUGCCACUACUACCAGCGCUUCAGUGAUGCUGCCUGCACCCUAGGUGCCUACCACCCAUUAUUAUACGAGAAGAACCUGGUAAAGAGGAUGAACCAGGGGUCUGACCGUGACAUCUAUACAUAUGGCAGAGUCACUCUCCCUGGGUUCAUUAAACUUAACUGCACCAACUCCACAUCCAACACUCAGUCAAAGACAUAAUUUAAGGGUGAACUUAUUUUCUUGGUACACUCUCAGAAUGUAACAGUAAAGCGCAUGAUUUAGUCUACAACGGAGACUUGAUUCUCUGAGAUCAAGAGGCGGUUCACUGGCGGAGAAUGAAAAACUAACACACUAAACAAUAGGAACUUAAUUCACAUGAACACAAAAGCGGCAAGUUCUGUAUAUGUUUAAAAAAAAAACAUCCAUCAAUCCCUAACUAGUCACAUAGGGAUAAAUUCAUACUGUUUCCUGUUAAUUAAGAGAAAAAAAGAUCUUAACACCACAUAUCUGCCUCUCAUGUGACAUGCAGCCACUGACUUUUAAACACUGCCUAAUGUAACACAUUAAAGCACUGAUGUCAAAAGAACUGAUGAACAGUGUUGGGGGAAACGCAUUAAUCAGAUUACUUUUUUCAACUAACUAGUAAAGUAAAAAAAAAUACUUUUAAAAUUGUAAGAAAAUAUCAGAGUUAAAUUUUCAAAUAAGUAACUGAAGUUACUUUGUUUUACCACCUUCCCUGUCCCCAUAUUGAGAGAAAUCGGGAGUAUGUGCAGUGAACAUGAUGGUUAUUAUUGCACCGAUACUGCGCUUGUGUCUCACACUUAGACUCAUAAAAAUGCUCCGAUAGCAUGUGUACAAUGUUCGUGUCCAGACAAAGAAACACUGACAACAGAGAGUAAAGUGGGGAUAAAAGAGAAGGCUGUCUAUUAUGAAGUAAAUGUAUCUAAUUUACGAAAAAAAUGUGAACAAUAGUUUUAGUCUUAGUUUCAGUUUUAGUUUCCUUAAAAUAAAUUUGAUUCAAACCAGACAAAAAUUGGAAAUCGCACAGAGAGAGAGAGAGAGAGAGAGAGAGAGAGAGAGAGAGAGAGAGACACACGAGCUUGUCGAGCGCAUAACUUUUGCACAGACAUCAGUGGGAAGUUUGUAGUUCGGUUGUAUAUGUAGAUGGCAAAGAAGGUAAAACGAAUUGACUGACAGGAGAGAGAGAGAGAGAGAGAGAGAGAGAGAGAGAGAGAGAGAGAGAGCACACUUCUGUUGCAUGCUCUUGAUUGCUGAUCGUUCACUCAGUACACAUGCAUCAUUAAAUUAAAACUAAAUCAUAUUGAAACUUUUAAAACUAAAUCAUAUAUGCAAGUAAAAUAUGAACUGUUACGCUAUUUAUGUUACAGCCAAAGACAGCGCACAAAUUGAAUUGCCUUUUCGUUCAUGUCUCGUGCUUGAACGGA